AUGAUUCGAUUCAUUCUAGUUCAAAAUCGUCAAGGUAAAACCCGACUUUCAAAAUGGUACGUACCAUACGAAGACGAAGAAAAAGUAAAAUUAAAAGGUGAAGUUCAUAGACUCAUUGCACCGAGAGAUCAGAAGCAUCAAUCAAAUUUUGUAGAGUUUCGUAAUUAUAAAAUCGUAUAUCGUCGAUACGCUGGUUUAUUUUUUUGUGUAUGCGUGGACGCUAAUGAUAAUGAAAUAGCUUAUCUAGAAGCUAUACAUUUCUUUGUUGAAGUUUUGGAUGCAUUUUUUGGAAACGUUUGUGAAUUAGAUUUGGUUUUUAAUUUUUACAAAGUUUAUGCAAUUCUAGAUGAAGUAUUUUUAGCAGGAGAAAUUGAAGAGACUAGUAAAAACAUUGUAUUAACACGAUUAGACCAUUUGGAUAAGCUAGAAUAA